UCGCUGCGCUUCCGCGUUUGCAGGGGCGCGUGCGCGGCUGGAGUCAAAAGCAAAAUCGCAACGCGGACGGAAUUCGCGCGCCACCGCCGCCGUUUUCCACUAUGUCCACGCAGUCGAGGAGCAACAACGACCUUUGAUCGAAGCACGUCGCGUCACGAUGCGCCUUUUCAAACGCUACAUGUCCGACACGAGCCCGCAGCUUGUCUCGGCAGUGGCUAUUUCCCAAGAGGCCGACACUACGGACAAUGUCGAAGAUAACGAGAGGUCGUUGAAAAAAUCCAAGCCGAACACUAAAGACGGAUCGGAGAGCGCUCUUCUGGUCAAAGAAGAUGUCGACGCGCAAAGAGAAUCGACCAACUCCUCCGGUCACGCUCAUAAAGGGUUCUCAACGUGGGGACGAAAGAUGAGUCGGCGAUGGGACCAGGUAAAGAGGUCAGACAGCUCGGAAUUGCUGCCGGUGUCGCGACAACGACGGCGGUGGAGUCCGCAUUGGAAAAGUCACGACGAGAUCCCGAGGGAGAAAGAACACGGUAACUGCGAAUGCCCGAAGCCAAAGAGAAUACCCAGGGUAGAAUCACUGAGGAACUUCUUCAGGGGCAGUCACUUCCAUCACUCGAAGAGCUCCGUGAAGACCGCGACGAUACAGGAGGAGGACGUCGUCCUUCAACCUCCGGAAAAGUCUCUAAGCGAAGGGGCCGUUCUGGCCGUUUAUUCCGGGAGUCUCGACUGCGAACACGCGCGGAUGAAUCGGGAGGUGUAUCUCUGCCAGAAGAAGACACACUUGAGACACAGCAUUGAGAAUCUCCAAGAGCAUCAACGGAUGUUGGACUACAUACUCCAACAUGAGGAGAUGCUGAAGACGCGACGGGAUAACACGUUCUCGAGGAAAAUGUCAGAGAAUGCUCGUACGUGCGCUAACACUCUGGAAUACUCCGGCGGUCGCUCGUUCGCAGAAGGCACGAGUAGCAACGACGUUCAGACGAUGCGAGCGUCCAACCUCCAUCUUGGUAACGCCGCUUGCCGGGUGAACGGUAAAGAAACGAUCAGAGAGAAUGCCCGACUUCUCUCGACUCACGCAUCCAGCACGCUGAAUGGCCUGGAGGAUCUCUUGAACAAUUUACGUCUAGGUUGCGACGAAAGCGGCUACGAUUCGGAUAGCACUCGAGCUGGCGCGGACUCUCCGGACAGUGAGCAGUCAGCGAUACCGCCAAUACUAUCGGACGAUUAUCAGGGCGUCGACUUGUCGUUGGCGGAUCUUACCGCGCCGGGGAAAGACGCGAACGGCACGGCGACCGGAUCAAGCGAGCCGUCUUCGUCGGGCGCGUGUGCCGCGGCAGUCGAGAAAGUGAAUAAACGCGCGACGAGCAACGUUGUUUCCUUCAACAAGCCGAAUAGAAGUCAAUCGACCGCGUUAAUGCCGGAAGCGGACGGUGACGACACGGACAGUUGCGACGAGGAUACUUUCGCCGAUUUUCUGGAAGAUCAGCCGGACUUGACGAGGAUCUACACCAAGGAGGAGGUAGCCCAUCUCCGCGAUACUAUGAGAAAGGUGUCCAAGACCACUUCUACCCUGUCAGGCGACGGUCUAAAAGAAGUCCAAAUAUCGGGAAACGGGAACGACCUCGACGUCUCCGACGGCGUCGACACGUGUGCUCGGGCAAACGUCGGUCUCACGACCGAAAGGAAACUUGGCGUAACACCAGAGAAUCGCGUCGUCAGCGUGCCUUACUCGAUCAAAUUGCAGGCUCUGCUGAAGGACAAGAGGUCCAAGAACCGAAAGUGCACCAGUCCGAGUGUGCAACAUCUUUUGGGACACGCUGCGUCCCCGUGCAAAGACAGUCCACCAGCUUCGAAAAUCUGUCCCCCGUCUAGAACGAUAAACAGUUCCCUGCGUUAUUACAACCCGAAGAGAUUGCACUCCACUUUGGAGCCCGACAACAUGUCGCCCGACGUGGCGAGGAACGUCACCAAGAAACUGUCGAUGACGAGUAGCGUCGACAAGCCAUCGAUGCCGUCCGUGAAGAACCUGGUGCGGCGCGAGCUAAGGACGAUGAAGCUCACGGUGAGCCAAACGACGGGCCUGGGUAUCUCGGUGGAGCGCUGCGAAGCGGCCAGACCGUACUACGUGAUCGCCAAGAUGGAUGCCGACGGCGAGGCUGUCAGGUCGAGGCAGUUUCGCGUCGGCGACGAGAUCGUCCGCGUCUGUGGCCGAAGGAUACGCGGCAUGUCGAUGGCGGAGGCGCGCAACGCCAUUCGCAGCUGCGUCGGCAAUGUCGAGCUGCAAAUCGCGCGCGAACCGAGCUUUACCUAUGGCGAAGAGAUCGGCGACACGUGGGGCGACGCGUUCGCGCGCACGCGGAGCGACCCCGACGAUGCGUGGAUCCCGAAGAACGGCGGAACCUCCGACAGCCAUCCAGUCUCCGACGAUGUGACCAUGAUGAAAGUCGAGGACGAAGCUCGUAUUAUGGACGAGACCGCUCAGAAUCUUCAGAAAGUCACAGGGAUGAGGAAAUUCCAGAUCGUGAGGAAACGUAGUGACACGCUGCCCGCUCGGCGAGGAUCCAACCUGUCGGUGGACCUGCUGACGGUCGUGUUGGAGAAAAGCGCGGAGAAAAAGUUGCGCUUCUCUAUCGUAGGCGGUGUGGACAGCAACAAAGGGCGUAUGGGUAUCUUCGUGAAGGAUAUUAUGCCCGACGGAGAAGCUGCGAAAGAAGGUACUCUAAGAGCGGGGGACGAAAUUUUAUCCAUCAAUGGCACCUCCUUGGACGGACUGACGCACGCCAAGGCACUGCAGAUGUUCAAAAGCGCAAAAGCAGGGGACAUGAUACUCCGUGUCGCCCGAAGGGAUCAUUCGCAUAAACGAUACGUGACACAGUCGAAAUCUUACGAUUGCCUCGACAAAUUGACAAACUCCGUCGGCGAAUGAAACCGUUCGCUAUCGUCGUCCGUUAAUUAUCCAAUUUCUUGCCAAGCGCUCGAAACACUUCAGAAAACACGACUUUCCCAUCCGAGUUGCGGAGUCCCACCGAAUUAUAUUAAUUUGCCCGAAACGUCCACAUUGUUGAUCGCUGAUACUUUUAUCGUUCCAUCGUUCUUCUGUUCUGUUUCCUGCGUUUUGUCUCCGGGAAUCCUCCUUUAUUUCGCACAAGUAUAUGCAAAUCGCAAUCAAACCCCCUUCGUUGAUCAUGACGCCGAUCAAUUAUUCCUGUGAACUAACAGGACAGUUUGUGGACAUUUGUAGUAACAUUUUCUUUGAUCGUUCACACGGGGAACCGACAUUUUAUAUUACGACUUGCCUAGCGUUUCAGAACCUGAAAGCUUGAGAGAUCUCAUAUACAAGACAUAUUCCGUUACAUAUUCAUUUGCGUCCGUCACAUAUUGUUCAUUUAAGAAAGGGAUAAUCGAAACGAACAAUUGUUUCCGAUAAUCGAAACAUGUUGCAUAUCGAAGUAUUCACAUUCUUUUCUUGUGUCUUUUCAUAAUACGCACAUUAACAUUGAAACGAUAAAGUUAACUUAGUUUAGCGAUAGGGGGUAUUAUGUAUAGCCUUACAACUAUGUCCUGUUAGAUGAGAUACGCUAACAACUUGGAACAUGGUUUAACAUCGUUGUGGGAUUUAACAUAUGUUUUUAUCUGAAAACGUAUUGUCGUGUAAAUCGACCUGUGCUGGAAAAGAGAAAAGCAAAACUGACAAGCGUUAAUUUCAUCCGAGAGCGCGUAAGUCAUCGCGAUCGUAUAUAACGUUAAUACAUAAGUUCUUAGUAUUAAUCUUUGUUAAGUUACUGUUUUUUUCUGUUUUAAGAGACUGACAUUAGGAAUGUCUACCUACAAAAAUGCUGUGAUAUCGAUUGUAGUCUCACCAGCUGAUAUUACUAGGUAAUCGUGUAUUUAAUAAUGAUAAACGUGAUUUUUUGUUGAAUAAAGCAUUAUACUUCGCAA